AUGCGUUCAGUCAUCUCUCUGCUUUCUUUCUCGUCUGUUGCUCUUGCGAGCUGGACUCAGAACUUGAACUACCGCAGUCCUUCUGACCACCACCCUGGUCUUGGUAUCUCUCUUCACAAGGUCAACAAGCGUAAUGUGCCUGGUACUCAGUACUCUGCCUCGCAGCUGAACUUUACCCAUGGCAUUGCUUCUGGUGAUCCUUACUCGGACUCUGUCAUUCUGUGGACUCGUGUUGCUCCCAUGGUCAACAGUGUUGACGACAACUCGACCGUCUCUGGUAUUGCUCCUCUGUAUGGUCAUGGCGCGACCUUGAACGCUAGCACUGCUCCUGUUUGUGUACAGUACAAGGUCUCCAAGUCUCCCAACUUUACCCAUGUUGAGAGCAGCGGUACCGCCUACACUUCAUCCGACAUCGACUACACUGUCAAGGUCGAGGCCAAGAACUUGACUGCCUUUACCCGCUACUACUACCAAUUCAACAUCUGCGGCUCCAACAAGACUAGUCCUCUUGGCCGCACAAAAACUGCUCCUGACACUAAUGACUACACUGCCGAGGUUGGACUUGCUGUCUACUCGUGCAGCAACUUCCCAUUCGGCUUUUUCAAUGCCUUUGGAAACCCUGUGCGAAAGGACUCCGUCGACUACGUCAUCCACCUUGGUGACUACAUCUAUGAGUAUGCCGGCGAUGGUGACUAUGGCUACGGUUACAGCAUCGGCCGCGUUCCCAAGCCCGAACGCGUCAUCUUCACCCUCUACGACUACCGCGAGCGUCUCGCUACCUACCGCACUGAUCUUGAUCUUCUCGCUUCUCACCAGAACUACCCCUGGAUUCCCGUCUGGGAUGAUCACGAGGUUUCGGACAACACAUACCGUGAUGGUGCUUCUGAGCUCAACAACACUGAAGCCUCGUUUGUAAGCGACGGUGGUGUUUCUGUUGACCAGAGAAAGAUGAACGCUGUCAGAGCUUACUUCGAAUGGAUGCCUAUUCGUCAAGUUGAGAUGGACGACAAUCUCCGUAUCUGGAGAAGCUUCAGCAUCGGUAGUCUGUUCGAUUUGAUCAUGCUCGACACUCGUCAAUACGACCGCUCCAUCACCGAUCUCUACUGGAACACUGAUUACGUCCAUGAGCUCAGCAACGAUGCCGGAAGAAGUAUGAUGGGUAGCAGACAGGAAAACUGGUUCUACAACCAGCUCUCACAGUCUGCCAACCGUGGUGCUGCUUGGCGUCUGAUCGGUUCUCAGACCGUCUUUUCCCGUGUCAAUGAGUCUGCUGCUUACGGCAACACCAACCCUCUUGAUUACGAUGCCUGGGACGGCUACCAAGCCAACCGCAACCGCACUCUCUCUCACCUCUACAACAACGGCAUUGGCAACAACAUCGUCAUGUCCGGCGACUCCCACGCCUCUUGGGUCUCUGAUCUCGUCUGGCUCGACCACGAAGGCUACAACUCGACCUCCGGCAAUAACAGCAUCGGCGUCGAAUUCGCUGGCUCUGCAGUUUCCUCCCCCUGCCCCUACGGCCAAAACAUCACCCUCCAAGCCGCCAACAACGCCUCCAACUGGCUCGUCCACGCCAAUGACGAAUUACAAUGGAACGACAUCUACUACAGAGGAUACUUUGAACUGCACAUCAACUACGACGAAGUCACUGCCAAUUACUUUGGCAUGCCCACCAUUGUCAACCGCAACCCUGACGAAAUCUCUCUUGCUAACUUUACCGUCAAGAGCGGUGCUAAUAAGUUGCAGAGACCUGUUGCUGGCGGUGUUGUUGAGUCUGGCGCUCUCAAGUUUGGCCAGGUUAAGCAGACUAACGCUACCAACAAUACCGAGACUGGUGUUUGGUUCGUCAGCCAGGCUAAUGUUGAGGACAUUUAA